AUGUUAACUUUAAAUAAGUUUAACAUUAGGAGGUUGCUUAUUACGUGUCAGAUAUACGAUAGCGAUCAAAUAGAUAAAAUCUUAGAUACUCUUUCAGAGUAUGGCAUUGAUGAGUGCCAAGAUGAAUUCUUGGAUAUGCUAGUAAAGAAUACAUUACUGAUAAUAAACAGAGAUAUCAGUGAAGAAGUUAAAGUUAUGAAAGAGAUUUUUAUAUCAAAACUUGCAAUUAUUCCUCUUAUUUUUGGAGUUCAAAGCUCAAAUAAAUCCUCCGUGAUAAUUGAUCUAUCAUAUUAUUUGAAUAUUCCAAAUGUUGUAUCUACAAAUACUGUUAAAGAAACAUUGAGAAUUUACCAUGGUAGGAUAAAUGAUAAACCAGAAAAUGAAAAUCUUAGUUUUUCGAACUACUUAAUUGACUCCAGAGAAAUUUUUAAAGGAAUUCAAGUUGACAUUGAAAAGGCAGUCAAACAAGGAAAAUCUAUUAUUUUGUGUGGACAUAAUCUAUUCUUACCAUACAUCUUUGAACUCUAUUCUAGUGGUCUUUUUCCAGCUCCGAUAAUAAGUAGGGAAGGAGAAGAUAUUGAAAAUAGUGGUUUCCCAUUAUAUUACCUUCCAGCCAACAAUAAAGAUUCAAUUAACUUACUUUUUGUGCCUAUUUUGCUUAAAGUAGAUAUGAAUAAAACUCGAACAAAACCUGAAACAAGGCAUUCUUUACAAACUCUUCAAGAUGAAAUUAUUGCCAAUACUGUGAAUAACAUUGUAAACUGGCCAGUACACAUUGUUUCACAUGAUCCAGAUACCCCACAAAAAACCUCUAAAAUAAUUCACCAAAUAAUUAUUAAAAGCCUAAAAAAAGUCAUAUAUCCCACCUAG